CAUGCCAGCCGGGCGCUUAACGGAGCCUCGCCGGCAGGAGGAGUAAAUGGGACCGCACAUCGUCCGAGCGUUAGAAAGAUGGAGCCAUUUGUUCUGCUCGUUCUCAGCUGCUUUGGCGUCUCGCGGGUCUCAGCGGAUACCUUGUCCCCUCCUGUCAAUGUUACCAUCAAAGCAGUGAAAGCUAACUCUGCUCUGGUGACAUGGGACAUCCCCGAGGGAGACCCUGUCAUUGGCUUUGCCAUCACACAGCAGAAGAAAGACGUGCGUAUGCUACGAUUCAUCCAGGAAGUCAACACCACAACACGCUCCUGUGCAUUAUGGGACUUAGAGGAGGAGACAGACUACAUUGUACAUGUCCAGUCCAUCAGCAUGUUUGGGACGAGUCCUCAAAGCGAACCUUUAAGCUUCCGAACGCCGAAGGAGGCCGAUACUCAGGCUUCUAAGAAUAAAGACGAAGUAACGAUGGAGGAAGUGGGCCAGACCAACCAGUUGAGGGCGGGGGAGCUCAUCAUCAUUGUGGUGGUGCUUAUCAUGUGGGCAGGUGUGAUCGCUCUCUUCUGUCGCCAGUAUGACAUCAUCAAAGACAAUGAGCCCAACAACAACAAGGACAAAGCCAAAACCUCAUCAGAGUGCAGCACUCCCGAACACCCGACAGGGGGGCUGUUGCGUAGUAAGUUCUCCAAGAACAACAAUAGGAUGCAAUCUGUCAACAUCAUUGAAGUGUGACUGUCUUCUCUGUGACUUGGUGUUCUCACAAAUAAGUGGGCCCUUUUAAGUAAAUCUGUUUGUCAGAAUGCUUCGCUUACGUCUCCUUUGCCGCGGGCCUCCCAAUGAACCAAAGCUUGCGGGACUCCAGGGAUUCAGGAACUACUUGGCCAGCCUGAGAAGACAUCCCACAGUGGAGCGACUGCAGGGAGAGUUGAGCGGAUCUGCCAUGCUUAACAACCAACGUACCAUGGGGGAGGCAGAGAUUAGGGCCAAAUGGUCCUAGCAGUGGACAGAUGGACCGAGUGCUGUUCAAGCUACCCCAAGGACCAAAGUCGAUAGACUACCAGAGUCGUAGACCUUUUCAUAUACUCUCCCGCUUUCUUCUGUCUUUGAGUGGGUUGUGAUUUGACAACAUUUGUGGGUAGUUCCCACUGUGUCGAAAUAUUCCUUUGUGGUGUGAUUUAAUCCCAUCUUCGAGCUAUUGUUUUGGCCUUACAUUCUCGAAUCCAACUUUCUUUGAGUGAGGGUGAAUCAUUUAUCAAUCAAGCGUUGUUUUGUUACACAAUGUACUGCCCCCACAUUUCUAUUGUUCUGGUACUUUUGGCACCUCAUUGAGACAGAAAGUUCUGCCAUCCUGUGGGGAACAUACUGUAUGUCCGGCGAGCUUGUUUCCCCCCUCAGGGAAUCCAGACUGCACCUGGUUGAGUGAGGAGCAAUUUCUAAAAAUGAGCUGCGAUGACGCCAUUGCAGCUUCCAAGGGAUCGCUCACUGCUGAAGUUUGGUGUCACGUUUGGUCACAUUUCCUUUUUAACAUCGCCUUGUCUCAUUCAUGCUUUUAAUAGAUUCAGAUUCUUUAAAUUCCGACAUCACGAAUGAACUGUCUUUAUUUAUCUUUGAGGGUGAUGGAUAUAUCAGCAUUCUGGGUCUUGUAAAAGAGGUUUGGAUACAUCUACAGAGAAGUGGCCUUUGUAGAGACAUUAGAGGAGAUAUUCCUUAAGCAAUAACAACUCUAAGGCCCAGCACAUGGAGGCAAGGACUUCACGUGCAAUGAGGUCACAUUCUGUAGAAAAACAACACACAAAUGUAACCUCUAGGCAUUGCAAUGUUGAGACACAUGCGCAUUGUGACAAAUGAGUACGACGACCCUCAGAUGUUUGCUUUCUUGUAAUAACAUUGGAAAACAGCAUUUCAUGCAUUCAGCGUCAAGAUUCCGUGAUGACCAGAUGUCAUCAAGGCAUAAAGGGCUUUGUGUGUGUUUAUCCAAUACUGUAUGUUCUUAAAAUAAAUUGAAUAGAAACUAUAAUUGCACAGAAAAAUACAGUUGCAGGUUCAGACUGAGUAAUUCCUAAAUAUUUAAUGUGUAAAUACAUUUAAGAUUGUCGGAGCCCGAAAUGAGUUAUGACAAUUUCAAUAACUACAGUACUGCGCAAAAGUCUUAAAGGCCACAAUUACAUUUGCUGAUUUUGUAAUGCUGCAAUUGCCGCAAGUGUUACAGUACAGACGAUGUAGAAAAGAAAAUUUGCCCAAAUGGAAUGGACCGCCCUAGUUGAUACUGUAUAUAGGGGCACCAAAUCCCUGCCAGCUCCCUUGUUCACGCAAUUCAUAACAUCUGUAUCAGUCCAACGAAUUAGUGUUUUACGAUGCGAAAAUUGCUUCUUAAAAUGAAAUGGAAGCUAAAGGUAGACUAAGACCUUUGCAAAGUACUGUGCAUUUUUAACAUUACAGGGUGGUUCUCCUGGUGAAAUAUGUAUUUUUUGUGUUAUUUACUCUUCAUGUCCGUCUAUUAAUAAUCGUUUUGUAGCGCUUAUCUACUCUAUGUGCUUAUAUUAUACAUUUUGUCAUUGAGCUAUUAAUGUUUAAAAAAAUACUCUUUUGUUGAGGAAAAAAACAUGUUUAAAGGUCAAACUACUGACCCAAAUAUAAGAGUAUAAGAAGUUAUUCAGAAGCUUGGAACUCAUCAUCUUAAUUCUGACGCAAUUACAUUGUGUUUACAGACAAAACAAUUGUGCAUGCAAGAAUAACCGUAUUUUUUUUUUGGGAAAAUACAACCCCAAUUACAAUGAAGUUGGGACGUUGUGUUAAACAGAGUACAAUGUUUUUCAAAUCAUGUUCAACCUAUAUUUAAUUGAAUACACUACAAAGACAAGAUAUUUAAUGUUCAAACUGAUCAACUUUAUUGUUUUUAGGAAAUAAUCAUUAACUUGGAAUUUUAUGGCUGCAACACGUUCCAAAAAAGCUGGGACAGGGUUAUCUUCACCACUGUGUUCCAUCACCUUUUCUUUGAACAACAUUCAAUAAACGUUUGGGAACUGAGGAGACUAAUUGUUGAAGCUUUGUCGGUGGAAUUUUUUCCCAUUCUUGCUUGAUGUACAGCUUCAGCUGUUCAACAGUCCGGGGUCUCCGUUGUCGUAUUUUACGCUUCAUAAUGCGCCCCGCAUUUUCAAUGGGAGACAGGCCUGGACUGCAGGCAGGCCAGUCUAAAGCCACGCUGUUGUAACACGUGCAGAAUGUGGUUUGGCAUUGUCUUGCUGAAAUAAACAGGGGUGUCCGUGAAAAAGAUGUUGCUUGGAUGGCAGCAUAUGUUUCUCCAAAACUUGUAUGUACCUUUCAGCAUUAAUGGUGCCUUCACAGAUGUGCACGUUACCCAUGCCAGUGGGACUAACACAGCCCCACACCAUCACAGAUGCUGGCUUUUGAACUUUACAUCCAUAACAGUCCGGAUGGUUCUUUUUCUCUUUGGCGCGGAGGACACGACAACCACAAUUUCCAAAAACAAUUUGAAAUGUGGAUUCGUCUGCCCACAGAACCCUUUUCCACUUUGCAUCAGUCCAUCUUAGAUGAGCUCGGGCCCAGAGAAGCCGGCGGCGUUUCUCAGUGUUGUUGAUAAAUGGCUUUUGCUUUGUAUAGUAGAGUUUUAAGUUGUACUGACGGAUGUAGUGCCGAACUGUAUUUACUGACAUUGGUUUUCUGAAGUGUUCCUGAGCCCAUGUGGUGAUAUCCUUUACACAUUGAUGUCGGUUUUUGAUGCAGUGCCGCCUAAGGGAUCGACGUCACGGGCAUUCAAUGUUGGUUUUCGGCCUUGCCGCUUGCCGCAGAUUCUCUGAACCUUUUGAUGAUAUUAUGGACCCUAAAUGAUGAAAUCUAUAAAUUCCUUGCAAUUGUACGUUGAGGAACAUUGUCCUUAAACUGUUCGACUAUUUUCUCACGUACUUGUUCACAAAGAGGUGACCCUCGCUCCAUCUUUGCUUGUGAAUGACUGAGCAAUUCAGGGAAGCUCCUUUUAUCCCCACUCAUGGCACCCACCUGUUCCCAAUUAGCCCGUUCACCUGUGGGAUGUUCCAAACAGGUGUUUGAUUAGCAUUCCUCAACUUUCUCAGUCUUUUUUGCCACCUGUCCCAGCCUUUUUGGAACGUGUUGCAGCCAUAAAUAUUCUAAGUUAAUGAUGAUUUGCUAAAAACAAUCAGGUUUAUCAGUUUGAACAUUAAAUAUCUUGUUUUUGUAGUGUAUUCAAUUAAAUAUAGGUUUUGAAAAUGAUGAUUUAUGUUUAACACAACGUCCCAACUUCAUUGGAAUUGGGGUUGUAUAAUGAUUGACACCAUUUCAUUGCAAAACUAAUACGCCUCAUGUUCGAUGCUGGCCAUUACAGUAAAUUGGUUGCAUGUUUUACCACUAUUACAGUCACUUAACUGAGGAGUAAGCUUCAUGUUAUUUUAUACUGCAGUGGAAGAAGACAGAGGUAAAAUGAGUCCAGUGGUUACACUUGAGCAGAGCCACAUUGGACUCGACUGACGAUGACUGCAGUGACAGCCUUUCAUCAGUCCGGCUUCUUUUAUUCUUUAUGAAUGGCAAAGCACAGGACUCCGACAAGCAGGGACUUAUUUUCUGUACAGGCCAACACAGGACCUUGAGCUCCAGUUGAAGGGAGCAUGGCCUUAAAACAGUGUUCUUCCUACAUUGGGCAGAAAUAUCAUUGCUCUUUACCUUUGUGGUGGAAGACUGAAUCCAUUUUUCCCUAUUUCAAUUCAUAGGAAUCAAUUCAGGUAUGAACAGCAGCCAUUUUGUGUACCAAAUGUAAUCACUGUUGUUAUGUUUUUAUUUCUUUUCCUACCUAAUAAAUAUUCUUACAUUAGCAUCUAAUGCUACUAGGUUAUAUUUUAAACUUACUAGAAUCAAUUUAAAUUAAACUGAAUCUUCAAGACAGAUUGUAUACCAGAAACCACUGUUAGAGAACUAGGAAAAAAAACACUGUGCUAAGAAAUAGUAAUAAGACCACCAAGAUUCUUCAAAGUUGCCUGAUAAGGACAAGGAUAUAAAUCAUUUGAAACAUUUCUAAAACAAACAAAAAAAUGACUCUUUCUUUGUUUGAAAGAAAUCAUUUUAACUGUAGCUUCACGUUGAAAAAUGAGUGCCACAUUAUUGGUUUUCCAUGAUGGGUGUACUCAUGAACAUUGUGUGUAAGAAGGUUCCUCACAUUUGUUGUUGUCAAGCAUAAACAUUUGCUCAUUGACCCUGUUAAAGAUUGAAAAUCACUAUUUAUAUUCAAAUUGUGGAAGGAUUUAAGAGUGUUUGGCCAAUAUGGAUGUAUUUGGCUUGAGUAGUUUGCAUAAAGACACAAUAUUCUCCUCAAAUAGAAUCAAUAAUGGUGUUCAUUCAAGAACCUAUUUGAAACCUCUUAUUGAGAUGUCGGGACCUUGCAUUAAAUGCAGCCAGCCUACAUUGCCUACAUUGCUUUCAUGUUUCUUGCUCUACGAGUUUAUUGUUUUGUAUGAAUUGGAAAACAUGUUUGGAAACAAAGUCACCAUUGAGACCGAUCAGCCUGUUUCAGUUGUGAACAGAGAUUGUGGACAAAGAAACAUGGUUAGAAAAAAAACGGAUUUAUUAAUCCAAACAUAUUUUAUAUUUAUUGUAUAAUGUGUACAGCAGUUGUUGCUUAAUGAGGGCUAGCAUGGUUUAAUUAACUAUUAUGCACAAGGUUACACAACUUCAGUUGGGAAGUAUCUGGUGUGUGCUUACUUGUGUUUCCUUAAAAUAAAAAGUAUCAAAUAUUUUCUCCAAAAAA